AUGGAUGGUAUAGGCAAAACAACGUUUGCGAGAGCCAUUUGUAACAAAUAUCCGCAUAGUUUCAAUGGUCAAUGUUACCUUGAAGAGGUGAUGAGUAAAAAGAAAAAUAUGGGUGGUGUGCAAGAACAACUUCUUCGAGAUAUUUUGAAACAGCCUGACAUCAAGGUAAGCAGUGUUGUUGAAGGGACCAAGGAGAUAGAGAAAAGACUUGGAAGCAUGAAGGUACUUGUCCUAGUUGAUGACAUAGAUGAUGUGGACCAAUUAGAAGAAUUGGCGAUAGAACAUGAAUCGUUUGGUCCGGGCAGCAAGAUUAUUAUAACAACAAGAGAUGAAUAG